UAAAAAUGGAGAGGACUGAGAAGAGAGAGAACCUGAGCGGCGAAACUGCAGUUUAGCGCAACGACAACGACGGUCGACCACAAACAAACUCCGGAGUCCGGAGCGUCCAUUAAUUCAAUCUUCGUCUCCAUUUCUCUAAUUUUCUCUCCAUUGACGCAUCCUUAGGGUUUCCAACGCCUGAUUUUCACUCGUUGAUUGUGAAAAUUUCCCAACAGAUACCAAGUUUUCUCUCAAUUUCGUCCUGUAAUUAUAUAUUUAUUUCAUCGUCUUCGCGACUGAGCUCUAUUUGGCUCCGCCAUGGAACAUAUCUUGGGUCUUCUCCGAAUCCGAGUGCUGCGCGGUGUUAAUUUGGCUGUUCGUGAUACUCGCAGCAGCGAUCCUUUUGUCGUCGUCACGAUGGGCGAGCAGACUUUGAAGACUCAUGUGGUGAAAAAUAAUUGCAAUCCUGAAUGGAAUGAUCAGUUGACUCUUUCGAUUGCGGAUCUUAACAUUCCAAUCACUUUAUCAGUGUUUGACAAAGACACACUAACAGACCAUGACAAGAUGGGAGAUGCCGAGAUCGACAUCAAACCAUACAUAGAGUGUUUGAAGUUAGGACUGGAGAGCCUCCCAGAUGGGUGUGUGGUUAAGAGAGUAUAUCCAAACAGAACAAACUGUUUAUCGGAUGAGAGCCAGUGUGUUUGGAACAAGGGGAAAAUUGUACAGGACAUGCACCUUAGGUUGAAGAAUGUAGAGUGCGGUGAGGUGACGAUACAGAUCGAAUGGAUUGAUGUUCCUGGUGCUAAGGGUUUGCCGAAGGAUGGUAUGAGCCACUUCUGACUUUGUAAACUGAUGCAUUAGGUAAUAAUAAUGACACAGUUUCAUGGCUUGUAGAUUAGAUAACAUGAAAGGAAAUAAGGAUUUCUGUGUCUUUGUUGAACUGAAAUUGGAUAUAGAAUUCUGGGUCUGUAGAUUAUAUCGUCCAAAAUUUGGGAGGCAACUUCAAUGCUAUGGAUGUAUGUUUGCUGUUUAUUUCUUAGGUAAAAGAAAUAUUCAAGUCAAA